CGACGCACUCCCAAUCAAUGGCGGCCGUGGUCGGAUAGAAAGUUGUUCUGUUGAAGGCUCCGACGAAUGUCGAGGCUUGCCGUGGAAGUCCUUAACAAAACAGAAAAACUUUUACAAGCGUGAAAAGGGAUAGGUUAGUGAGGAGGAGGGCGGGGCUCUGAUGUCAAGGCUGGAGGAAAGAAAGCAGAAAAAAGAGAAAAGAAAAAUUGGGGAAGCCUGCAGGUUUCCAUGUCUUGCGCCGCAUCGAGGAGCCAUCACUGGUGCGUUCAGGGUCAGCGUACACGCUGGGAGAAAGCGUUCCCGCUCCACACGGCGUCGUCACACCAAGGUGUUCCCCGCUUUUUGCUUGCAUCUCUCCGAGCCCCAGCCGCGGCGGUCCUCCUCAUCUCCUUCCUCGCACGACCCGCGGAGCGACUCUGCGGAGGAGGCCAUACGGCGGCGGUGCUUUGAGCGGCAUCCACCGCGACGAGGCUCCCACAUUCUGACAUUUCAUAGCUCCUCUUUGUGAGUGUGUGUGUUGGGUGGAGUCGACCCGGAAUUGUCCAGUUUGGGGAAAAAAAUCACAAUCAGGGAGCGCCAUGAAAGACGGCAUUGCCAACAACAGCACAGCCAGCAUCUCCCAAGCCAGGAAAGCUGUGGAGCAGCUCAAGAUGGAAGCCUGCAUGGAUAGGAUAAAGGUGUCGAAAGCCGCCGCAGACCUGAUGGCUUACUGUGACGCCCACAUACGCGAGGACCCCCUCAUCGUCCCGGUGCCGGCCUCUGAGAACCCAUUCCGGGAGAAGAAGUUCUUCUGCGCCAUCCUCUGAUGAGCCGCGCGACGAGCGCCGCUGGCUACAGGCGUGGCGUCAUCGCCUGCCUUCUUUGUCUUCACCACACCUGAAGCGACUUGCCACGGGCGUCCACUCGAGUUUAGCCGGGUGGACCCUGGUGUUGGUCGGGUCUGUCCUGGUGGCUGAGGGCUUCUGCAGAGGGCAGUUUUGUUCUAUAGGUUUGUUAUUGCUUUGUUAUUAGAGAACAGCCUUGCUCAGCGCUUCAUGAGGUGAGAGGUGUUGGUUUUUUUUUUUUUUUUUUUUCCUUUUCUUUUAUUGUGCGCCAUCCGAACUCGCCUCAGGAAACCGCUGCGUGCCCAGUAAACAUCUUUUCACCUUCCUUCUCGGCAUUGCCUUGAGACAUCAGUGCCUUUCAGUGUGUGAGCUUGAAAGUAUUUGCUGCAGCAUGCACUGAAAGCACCACUAAAACAUGACACCUGGCUCAUUUCGCUAAUGAACCGCUCGAUGAAAGCCCUGAACGGCCAUCUCCUUCCUGUAUAGCGUGCAGGGUGAAGCAAGCGAGCUAAUAAUCUGUUUGUUCAAGCGACAAGACUUGUAGGCGCCGAUCACCAAUUCACCCCUCCCCUCCCCUUUGAAGUCCAAAAUAAGUUCCUAAACCUUCCCUGCCACGCCUUGAUGAAUUUUACCUUUUGCUGUUUACUUCCAUUGACGCCUCAAUCACUCUCUCAUCACAUCCUGCAGCUCCCGAUUGGAAUCCUUUUAAGGUGUCAAGUGUUUUCUGGGCACGUUUCCUGACUCUUUCUUUUUCCGUUUCAGAGCGACUGUCCAGGCCUUUGUCAUUAAAGACAAAACCCAGGCCUGCAUGUUAUUCCGCUCCUUACUGACAACCGCCUCAAUUUCCGGCAGCCAUCGGUCUUUUUCCAGUGUACAGUAUGUUUCGGUGCCAACCCUUGUGAGAGCGGUGUUAUUGUCACACUGCGCUCAUGCACACUAGUUUUUUUUGUUUUUGUUUUGUUUGGUUGGUUGGUUGGUCAAUUUUGAAGAAAAAGCACACUGUAUUCUCUACAUGGUAUUUAAAUAGCAUUUACAAAUUUUUAUGAAGAAUUGUGGAUUGUUUAUUAAUAUUGGUAUCAGUAGUAUCAUUGAAUAUUUGUUGCACAGCACCGACUGCUGCUACAUGACGUGUUGUGUGCUAGUAAGCUUGUAUGAUACCUACAGUGGUUCAUUAUUUACAGCUCAUGCAGUUACUUCAUAAUUUGUGCGUAUUUUUCAAAUACAUAACACAAAGAGUAUUAAAUCUGUGUAAUGUGAAGAACUUUCCUCUUGGUACUUGAAGAGUCAUUGUAUUACUGAUCAAACUUGGCGGAAUGAUAAACUGUUUUCAGGAGAAUUAUUUCAGGAUUAUUAUUCUUUCUUUAUGAAAUCCUGAGACGAGUCUUAGGAUGUCUUCAUUGACCUCUUGAGGAUGGUGCCAAAUUUUGAACAAUAAAUACCGGUAUAACUGCUAAGGAUGAAUUUUGCAUGGGUUUAUCCAAACUGUCAAGAACUAUUACGAAAUGAAAUCUUGCCUCUUUGCCGACUUUCCAGAAGUUGCUCUGCACAUGAAAUCACACAGGGACGGCCCAUACGUUGACGAUGUGCAGAUGUAUUCUUAAAUGGUGGUAUUGUUUUUGUAAAAAGAAGAAAAUGCAUUUAAUUUGCAAGCUUUGUAAAUCCUUUGAUGGAUAAAUUAAUUAAAGAAAUACUGAAUAUCAAAUGGGGGCCCUGCUCUCUCUUUCUCUCAAUGUCCAUUUUAUGUCAUUGCUCUAUGUUGGCGACUGCUAUGACUCAACCGAUGGCAGAAAGACUCAAUUCUUGGAUAAGACUUUUCAUACUAUUACUCAACCAAAGCUGUUGUGUAAAAAAGAGAAACCUAUGAUUUUUAAGGACUGUAGCCGCUCA